GUCGUGGCCCGGCAGGAAAGCGAGGGUGCGACAAGUAAAAACCUAGCCUCGCGUCCCCAGUCGUCGCAUUCGUCCCUUGCUACUCUCCUCGCAAGCACGCACGUUUCUCUCUCUUUGCUAUCUCGCCGGCCGGCUAGUUAGCGAACCACAGCUAAAGAAAGUUAAAACAUUCAAGGACCGUUAAAGCUUUGCUUUAUUGGAACUUACGAGUUUUAUAUUUCUCUGAACCCGCUUCGUUAAAACCAGAAUUCUCAAGAUGCAGAAGAAAGAAGAAGAACAAGGAGGCCGCCAGAGCCAUAUUCAGUCCAGGAACAUCAUCAUCACCCGUUCCGACCCCCGGGCGACCCGUGGCUCCGGAAUUUACUCCUCCAGGUCCAGCAGCGUCAAUGUCCGCAACUCCAUCUCCCCCGGGGUCUACCAGCAGCUGUCAAGCUCUGGGAUCACCGACUUCAAGGGAAACCGCGAGAAGGAAAAACGCGAGAUGCAGAACCUGAACGAGCGUCUGGCCAGCUACAUCGAAAAGGUUCACUUCCUGGACGCCCUGGUCAAGAAGUUGGAGGCUGAGAACGAGGCUCUGCGCAACAGGAAAACCGAAGAUUUCGAGCCCAUUAGGGCCGCCUAUGAGAACGAGCUCCGACAGGCACGUAAAGUCAUCGACGAGCUAGGCGUCUCCAAGGGACACAGCGAGGCCAAGGUCGCUGGCCUUCAGGAUGAGAUCGCCUCCCAGCGCGAAAUCAUUCUUACCCUAGAGAACCAAGCCAAAGACUACAGAAAGAAGAUCGACACCUUCGGAAACCAAAUUGGAGAGUACGAGGGAGAACUCCAGACCCUGAGACACAGAGUUGGCUCCCUUGAAGAUGAAAAUGCUAAGAUCCGUGAACUCUUGGAGAAGGUCCAAGCACAGUGCAGACGUCUUCGCUCAGAUCUGGAUGCUGAGACAGCAGCUCACAUUGAGGCUGAUUGUCUUGCCCAGACUAAGACUGAAGAGGCUGAGUUCUACAGAGAUCUCCUCGACCAGUAUGAGUUGAUGAAGCCAGAACCAGUCCAGAUCAAGGGCAUGGACUAUGCUGACUUCUGGAAAUCUGAAUUGGCCAAGUGCGUCAGAGAGAUCCAGGCUGCUUACGAUGAAAAGAUUGACAUCAUCCAACAAGACUGUGAAGCUAAAUACUCUGCUCAAAUUAACCAAUUGCGCUCCGGCAAUGUUAAGGAUGGCAUGCAAUUAUCUCACAGCCAAGAAGAGUGCAAGAAAUUGAAGGGUCAACUCCAGGAGAAGAAUGCUGCUUAUGCUGAUCUUGCUGCCAAGUUUGCCACCAUCCAAGCUGAGCGUGAUGAACUGGCUCGUCAAGUGAGUGAACUGGAGCGCGAGUUGGAGGAGCUGAGAAUCAAGUACAACCAGGACUGCGAGGCCAUGGAGAGCGAACUCCAGAGUGUCCUUGCCCAGUUGCAGCACCUGAUGGAUGCCAAGAUGUCCUUGGAGCUGGAGAUUGCAUGCUACAAGAAGCUGCUGGAGGGUGAAGAACACAGGGUUGGUCUGAGGUCACUCGUUGAACAAGCCAUCGGAGUACAAGGAAAAGGAGCCGCCAAUCUGAAGGAUGUCAUCCAAUCAUCUAAAACUAAAGAAGAAGAAUAUGAACUAGCUUUGAGAGAAUCAACCGGAAGUUUGACUGUCCAGAGAUCAUCCAAGGGUCCUAUUGGAUUCGCCAGCCUUGACCACAGUGGUGGAAAUGUUGUCAUUGAAAACACCACAUCAGGUGCUCGUGCAAAGAGCCAGAGUUUGAAGGGAUGGAAACUGGUAAAGACAUCUGGUGGAAAGACCACUUGUGAGGUUGACUUGAAAGAUUUGGAACUGACAGCUGGUCGCCAAUACACUGUAUGGGCCAAGGGUGCCAAGGACAGGGCAACAGCUGAUAACGAACAGGUUGCAGAUGUUUUCUCAUUCGGUGUUGGAACCUGUGUUUGGAAACUGCUGGAUGAAGCUGGCAAUGAGAAAGCCACUCUUACUGCCAAAUUCAGCGGUUAAAUGGAGUUAACUCACUACGCCUGACGUGGGAAUGUAGACCACUCUUACUUCUCCAUUUCCGUUUCGUGAUUUGGUUGAAUGGCAGCAUUUACAUUUCGAGGGCAUGGAGACAUGGGGCGGGUUAAGAGAGGGAUAUUUUUUAGAGUGCAGAAAAAAUUAGAUUACCGAUACAGGUGUAUUUAGACUUUUAAAUUGGAAUUUAUUUGGUCAAGGCGUAUGUUAUAUAAACUGAACAUAAAAACUUGUAAGCAAUUGUUUUUAAAUAAUUUUCAAACUGUUGUACAGACUGAUGUUUCCAAUAUUUUUUUUUUUUCAAAAAAAUUUUAUACCUAUCUUGCACAAACCAUUUUUCUAACAACUUAAUAAUCACUGAUACUUCAAAUUUUUUAAUCUUUUAAGUACGAUCAUUGAUAUAAUUAUAUAAUGAACACUGAAAUUUUAUAAUAUAGAAAAGAUAAAGAGUAAUAAAUGAUUCUAGGUUUAUGUUUUUUACAGUAAAAUGCCUGAAUCUGUAUUCUGCUGCAGUGAGUGUGAUCAUGUUUUGUCAAUAUUCCCAGCAAAUGGUUGAUUGUGUGCUUUUCCAUUUCAUGUGAUUUUUUAAAAAAUAAAUUUCAAAUUUUUCAUUUCUCAACUUCAAAUUCCAUUUUUGCACAAGUAAAUUUGGAUUAUUAACAAAGAUUAACAUUCCUAAUUUUAUUUUAUUUUUGUAAAUGAAAAUACAGUUCAAUAUUGAUGUCAUCACCAGUUCCAAAUAAUCAAAGUCCCUUUAUUUAUGUGUGUAUUGAUAGGUUUUGUACGACCAUGUUAGAAGUAGAUUUUAUGUAGUACAAUACGUAGUUUGUAUGCAAUGUUGAACCCAUUAUUACAGAAUGCCUGUAUACAUGAAAAAACAGAAUGGGACUAUGUGAUAAAAAUAUAAAGAUAAUGGAACAUAAAGAUAACUAAUUAUUUGAGUUGCUGUAUUUCAAAUUAUUACUGUGUAGUAAACUGUAAACUCAGGUUGUGAUUUUUUUGGAGUAAGCUCAAAGGUUGUGACCUCGACAUUGAACAAGCAUGUUUUUAACUACAUAUUUUUUAAAACAACGAUUGAAAAUUCCAAGGUGUUUUCCUACAUCUGUGCAAGUCUGGUAAUUACACACCACAAGAUGGUCAUGAUACACACCACAGACAGUUCUUUGCACGGCUAUGUAAAUAUUUUUAUGAAUGAUUAUUUUUUCUGCAUCCAGCUUAUGCAGGCAAAACUUAAAUUUUAUUUGUUUCCUGCUGCCAUUUUUUAAAAAAUAUUUUAACAAGCUGCUCUACUUUAAAAAGUAAAUGACCCUGACAGUGUCAUAUAUUUUUUUCAAAUACAUUCCUCUAGUUAUAAUUUUGUUUGUUUCACAUUUCAUAUGCAAAGAACUUUUUUGGCCAUCCCAAGUUGAAUGUGUAUUAACAGUAUUGUGACAGAAAAAGCUUAUUUUCCUUACUGUUUUUUUUUUAAUUGUACACAUCUCAGGCUUUUGACUGCAGAAUGGGAGUGAGAAAGAAAAUUCAAGUAGCUUAGACUUCAAGGUGCUCUGUGUAUAAUUAGGGUUGUUUUACUGCUUUCAAAUGUAAUAAAUAAAUAUAUAAUAAUAUAUAUUCUAUUAAAUAUAA